UUGGCCUUGGCUGUUUUCAUUUGAAAUUUUACGUUUGGACUAGUUGGUUGUUGAUACUGCAUGUCUGCAUUUGCAAUUUGCUAUUUGCAUUACUGACAAUUCAAAUAGCAGACGCGUUCUGUUUUUGUUGUUUGGUGUCCAUAUUUCCAUAAAUGAUUUCUGUUGUUUUCUUUAAGAACAAAGCAAGAUUAUUAUCAACGUAAACUGACGACAAUCUUCCGUGUUUUUUAUUUCGUUCGGUUAUUUUGUUUGUUCGUUCGUUUUAAACAAACGGUGUUGUUGUGUCGCUUAAUUAUAUCGGCGUCUAACGUUGUUCUCGUAUCAUCGUCAUCAGACAACUUUGGAUCAGUUUUAAAAUAUGGCGAACCAAAGGACUACGYCGAGCUCGACUUUUCAAUCGCAUCAGAUGGCACAACCGGCAAUYGAAACGCUUCUAUUUAAUGAUAUAAUUGAAGAAAAAAGUUCACAGUUGCGCGAUGUAAUGGAUCAAUUUUUGCAAGUACAUUCUUUUAGUAAAUUUGAAUCUGAAUUCAAUUUAUUCAUAAAACGUAUAAAACACAUCUCAAAAGAUGGACAACGCAAUGGCACAAACCUCACUCGUCACAUAACGCAGAUGCCUUUGGAUAAUGACGCACAACCUUUAAGUAAACCAACGGAAGAUGGCGGGUCACAAGUAUACAAUCAGCAGUAUGUUGAACCUACUAAUUCAUCUAAGCAACCACCAGUUGCUGAUUUUAAACCUAGAACAAUGUUGACACUUAACAACCCAUCAAACAAUAUUCUUAAUAAAACAAUGAAUAUAUGUGACACAAUUAUUGAAGAAAGCUUAACCAAUAAUGACUCUGCUCAAAAAGAUACUCAACAACCAGAAAGUCUAUCUCCAACUGUGCCAAUACCAUGUUCUGAGCCAUCACAAAGUGAUAAUGCAUCAUCUACUACCAUGAAUAAUGGAAAUGAUGACACCAUAGAAUCUGAUUCAGAAUUAGUCCAGUCUGUUCAGAUGCUAAAUAAUAGUGACAAUACUGGCGCAUCUCAACUUAGUCAAGAUCAGUCUAACUGUUCAGUAAGAAGUCUGGGAAAAAGUAAAGUGAAGUACCUAACUAAGUGGUCAGUUAAUACAAAGAAAAUUAAAUCAAAUAAGGGCAAUUCAAAAUCAGUCAUUACAUUAACAGGUACUCUAUUAGCAGGAGAUCAAACCACAGUAUUGAAGAAAGCUCAUAAAGCAGGUAUUUUGGUAGUUCGAAAGACAAAACAUAUUAUCAAAACAGAUAAUGGAUUGUACCAUUUAAUUGGUCCAAUCAUUGAAGGAUCUCCAGUUAAUUUGUAUCGUGCAUGUGUAGAAGCAAAUGGUAUUCCAAAGACUUGGAGAAAUAUUUUAUCAAAUUUGUCCAUGGAAGUCGAUAUAAAUCUCAAUAAAAGUAUGACUAGAAAAGGCACAAUCUAUAACAAGGAAAAAAAAACUGGUCAAAAAUCUUCUGGAUCAAAAGUUGUUUUUGGACAUGAGUUACUCAAUGAUAGUGAUCUUCGUCAACAAUUGUCAGAAAUAUCAGCAUCUAAAACAAUCAAACCAUUUGAAGCAUGUCAUACUCCAAGUCAACUUUUAAAGCACAAAUUUCAUCGAAAGUUUGUUAAAGCUUGCUUAAUAAUUGGCAGUCAGUUCAAUACAGGAUCAAGUAUGUWUGGUAAAUGGGCACACGCACCGGCCGCGAGAUCAUCAAGUGUUAGGCCCAACAACAAUCCUCAUUUGAUGACUAAUUUAAGAACAGGACCAACUCGCUCAAUUAAUCCAUAUUUGCCGCCUCCRCCAAGUUACUUCAGUCCACAUGUGGUGAACACCAGAGUACAAGCUGAACCGAAGUACUUAUCGAGUUGGUGUGUAAACGUCAAAAACAUUAGAUUAGAUCAGGGCGAUAUUGGUAUGGUCGUCGAACUAAGUGGAACUUUGUUGUCAUAUGAUUGUCGAGCCAUAUUAUGUGAAAGGUAUGAAGCUGGAAGAUUAGAAUUUAUAAUAUCAAAAAAUGUUGUUAGAACAAAUACUGGAGUAUACCAUCUACUUGGACCAAUCUUUAGAGGAUAUCCAAGUAAUUUGUAUCGUGCAUGUUUGGAAGCUAAUGGAAUUCCAAAGACCUGGAAAUAUAUUUUAACACAAUUCUCUGAUAAGUCUCCUACUUACAAUCAGAGAAUGGCUUCUGCAACUUCUAAUGCUACGAUCAGUACCAUUGGCAUGGGAGUACAGGAGUUGAUUAAAAGUUUUCGCGUUCUUCGACAUUUAACAAUAAUAUCAGAGCGUAGAAUGAAAGAACAUAGUAAAGCCCGGAAGUCUAUUAGUUUUGUGCGUCACCAUUUUCAUCAAAAGCUGCUUCAAUCAUUGAGAAUCGUUAACAGCCAAAUCAUAAUGUUAACUAGUCAUCCAUAUCAACGAGAUGAAGUGUGGUCAAAUAUUUUAGAAACGUACAAUCUUCAUCAGACAACUGGCCUUAAAAGUAUUGAUGAAAUCAAGCAGAUUUUUGAAAGUUUAAACACAACAUUUGAAAGAUAUAAAACUGGAAAUGGAAAGUACUCAAAAAUUAUGUCAAGUGUCAGUGAACAAGUUUUGGGAAUUAUAGGUGACGGAAUAGAGCCUCUUGUGAAUCCAUAUGAUGAUGAUACUAGCUAUACAGAACUUAUGGAAAACCAUACAAACAAUUGCAAAAAUAUUCAGAAUAGUGGUAAUAUGGAUGAUGUAGAAAUUGUUACUUUAGACAAUGAAAUGGAGUGUAAUGUUUCUUUAAAAGAUUUUACAUAUACUGGUAAUCAAAAAAUUAACUGGGAUAUGUUAGAUACAUCAAAUGACAAAUGUUAG